AUGGUCGUGGAGGCCUGCGCGCCCGUCAAGGCUCUGACCAAGUCAUGCACCUCCAAGGCCGGCCCGACCGCCCUCAUGGACCAGCUGUGCAGCGAGCUGCUGGCACCCGCCAACGCAACGAUUGACAGCAAGGACCCCACCAAGCUGCGCUAUGGCUGCGGCGUGGCUACCGCUGCACAGGUCAACAGAGUGUCGAGUGACCUGGCAGCCCUCGAGCCCAAGGUCGCCGCCGCUGCCGCCCAGGCCAGCUCCCUGCAGGCCACCCUCGGCCAAGGAAGCAACCAGACAGCGGCGCUGCGCACCGAGAUGGAUGCUCUCAGGGCGACGAUCGCGACGCUCACUGCCAACGUGCAAAAGCUGCAAGCAAGCCCGGCCAACACCACCGACCUCAGUGCUGUCACUCAGAAGCUCGCCGCCCUCGCAGCGGCCGACACGCGCACCGCCCAGCAGCUGGCCCAGCUGGAGGCGGCGAACCAGACCGUGGCUCAGGACAUCGCGGCGCUCAAGUCUGCGCCGCAGCAGUGCUUCUGCGGCACGGAGCUCUUGGCCGUCAACACGACCCUGGCCACCAUAAAGGCGGCCCAGGCGGCAGAUGCGGCGGCAGUCUCCCUGGCCAACGCCACCGUGGAGUCCCUGAAGUCCAGCGUCACCACCGGCGCGGCCGCGAUCGCAUCGGUCAACACCAGCCUUGCCGCCCUGGCAGCCACCGUGGCCAACGUGUCAGCCAUCGACCUGAGCGUCUACGCGAAAACCACAGACCUGGCCAACAUCAACGCAGCCAGCCUGGGAGGUGCGCGCAUUCCUAUCGACGUCUGCAUCUGA